AUGAGGCCGAGCAGAUGGUUACUCUGUGAACAGGCAGAACGGGAAGCAGAUGUGCCCACCAGUGCUCCCCAUGCACAACUGGGAACCAGCCAGUUGAAAGACAUGGUGAAAAUUUCAAUGGAUAUUUUUGUGAAGAAAUUUCAGCCAGACAGGUAUCAUCUUUGGAAACAAGGAAAGGAUAUCUAUACCAUUGAUCACACACAGCCUACUCCAGAAUCAACACCAGAAGUAAAAAUGUGGAUGCAGAGGAAGAAAAUUAGAAAGCCAUCAAGAAGCCUCCAGCACACAAGAUCUCGAUCUAAAAAACUUAAAACUCCAGAGGAUGAAAAAAUAUCAGCCAUGGUAAUUGGUGCAGAAGUUGUAGUCACUGAAACAACUACAGAUGGUUUCAAGGUUACUGAAAAGCCAGUAGAAAAAAAAGGGUUGGUGAAUGCUGGAAUACCUUCUGGGGAAGAAAAUACCAUUAAAGGAAUGCAGGUGGAUCAGAGAUUAUCGGAUAAUGUUAAAGUCUCAGGGUCGUCAGUGACAUCAUCUUCAAAGUUAAGAGCCAAUAAAUAUUUCAUUCGUUAG